AAUUGUGACGUGAAGUGGAAAUCAUGGGAGAAGAAAAUCGCAAGCACUUUCGUUACCUCACUAAUAUAUUUCCAGUUAUCCAUUCUGAUACUGACAAUGUGGAUGUACCGCCUAAUACUCCUUGCAUUUCCAAAUUGGAUGUCUUCCUUUUGGCUUCUUCCAUAUUUAUGCACAUUGUGGAUAUGUGUUUUGAUUAUAACAUCGCUAUUCAAUACAUUUUGACUGGCAAAAUAACAUAUUUUGCUUGGACAAUUUGCCUUAUCAUCAUUCCAUCUCUGAUAAAUGUCAUUGUCAGUAAAAGGAUGCAACGUCAAGAUAAAGAAAUAAAUUCCGGCAUGGAUCCAUUAGAGGAUAACAAGACAAUACGCUUAAUGAUUAAAAAUAAUUUGUAUUUUGCGGUUGCUGUAAUCUUACAAUUAGCACCAGUUAUACAUUAUUACGAUACUUUGAAAUAUGCAUUAAAAGCACGCAAAUACAAGAAGUCUGGGGAUCGUGUUGGCGAAAGGCGAUAUUAUGUGAAAAUGCUCAAAGAAGAUGAAGAUGUUGCAUUACUAAGAGUAUUUGAAUGUUUUUUGGAAGCUGCACCGCAACAAAUUCUGCAAUUAACUUUAAUGUUAAAGUAUUACCAUGCUGAAAUUAAUUUUGAGUUUAUACAUCAAGUAGGUAGCAUUGUCAGCUCGCUUGCAAGUAUGGGUUGGGCAAUGGCUAGUUAUCAUCGUAGCAUUCGAUUAGCUCAACAAGAUAAAUCAAAUAUUGGUGUUAUAGGAAUUGUUUUACAAUUUCUAUGGCACUUUUGCAUUACAGUGGCAAGAAUCUUAUCAAUCAGUGUUAUUGCAAGUAUCUGGCCUAUCUAUACAAUAAUUUGUUGCAUUACACAUUGGAUAUGUAUGACAAUAUGGAUCUUAAUCGAUUCCCAUGGAAUAUUAGAGUUUUGUCGAACUUACAAUCAUCCACCGCAUAUGCAACCAACGUUGAAAGAACGCUUUUAUUCUAUAUUGUUUGCCGGAGUUAUCGGCAUAGUUCAUAUUUUCAUAUACUUAAAUGCCGUAGAUGGAAACACAUUUUGGAAGCAUUUUUGUUUUUAUGUGCUUUGCUUCUUGGAAAAUAUUAUGUCAGUCUUAUUGUGGCGAUUCAAUUCUUCUCUCGCAGUUAGAAAUGCUUGGUACUUUAAUGUGUUUUUCGCUUUUGGAGUUAUCUUCUUCUUUGUGGGGAUUGCAGCAAUGAUUAUGUAUUACACGUUUCAUCCUUCAAAAAAGCAACCUCGUACCUCAGGUGCAUCCCUUCAAAUAGCAUAAAUUUAGAUGUUUAAAUUUAAAUGUUCUUACUUAAAAUAGAGUAAGCAAUACAAUUUUACAUUAUCAUUUGUAAGGACAUUUUAUAUUUUGUAUGAAGAAUCUCAACACACAUGUAAUAUUUUUUAUGUAUUUAUACAUAUAUUACAUUCCAAAUUUUCAGAUGUCAAUUUUAUAUACAAUUCUAUUAAAGUUUAUAGUUUGUAGUUUUUAGCAUACAACUUUUAAAAGUUUUGUAAAAUAAAAUAGCUUAUAUAUUGUAUUCCUACAAAAUAUUUUUUGUACUGAAGUUUUCAAUAUAAGAAAAUGUUUAUUUAAAUAUUCCUUAAUUCAGGUUGGAAAUAAGUAACAUCUCAGGGACAUUUAUGUAAUUUGUGAAUUCAAAAUGUUACAUCAAUGUAUUAUUGUAUCAUUUUAAACAUAAUUAUGUGAUAAAUCUAAUGUCAAUACUCAAAAGACUUAUUUUACAAUAUUGGAUUAAAUAUUUCGAACAAAAUAAGCACAAGUAGCAAAAAAAAUUAAUUUACCUACAUAUUUAUAAAAAUAUUUGCCUUUUUUAUGUGGGAAUUAUAUUAAAAGAUUAUCAUAGGUAAUUUUGAAGUAACAGAACAAUAGUUCUAUAAUACAAUACAUUAUAUGUACGUUUGUACAUGUGAAUGUGUGUGUAUGCGUGCGUUGUAUGAACUGGUAUGUCAAAAUUUAUAUUUUUUAGUAUUUGUCUCUAAUUAUUACUCUGCCAAGUUACUUGCCACAUUAUUUUAAUAUCAUAUAUCUUGUAUAUAUUUUACAAAUCUUUGUACACAUUUUAUGAUGUAUUAAAUUACAUAAGUAAAAUACAUAUAUAUUGUAGUCUUUCAACAUUCUUUCCCAGCAAAAUAAUUGAAAAAAAUAAAUACUCUUUAUUUAUAAAAUAUGAUUCAAAUAACUUGAUUUUUCCUAUUUCUUCUUAUUCCACAUUGUCAUUUUUUAAUUCUUCGACUUUUUAUAUUACUUUAUGUUCUUAAAUCUUGUAUGAUUAUAUUGGUGCACUAUAAGAUGUAAAUGGUGAAAUAUAUCUUAGUAUGCAAAAAAAAUUGAAUUAAAAAAUAAAAUGUUGCG